AUUGAUGAUCUGAAGAAGAUAAACCAUGAGCUAAGGCAACAUGUCAUAAAACUGCUUGGUAGGAAGCAAGUGGUUGAAAGUCCAGUGGAUAGGUUCACCUAUAAAAAUGAUCAUCUGUGUAAAGAACUUGCUGUAAUUGGCAAACUAUCUGAGCAGCUGGAAAAAGAAUUGCUGUUGAAUACUGCUGAUAAGGAGCUUGAGGAAGCAAAGAUUCAAAUUCAACACCAGCAGAACAAGAUAAAGAAACUGGAACACAUGGUGAAAACACUAAAAUCUGUUAUAUUACAAACAGAAGCUGAAACAAAGCAAGGAAAGUCACCUUCAAGGCUCGAUACCUUUAUUAAGACAUUGGAAGAGGACAGAGACUACUAUAAAAGCAAGACUGAGAAUUUGCUGAAGGUAUUUAGAAACGCAUUUUCAAGUCCUACGCGAACCUCUACUUGUGGCAUCAUUUCUGAUACAGAAGUUUUGAAAAUAUUGAGAGAACACGAAGAACUUAAGUCAACGCUGAAAAAAUAUGAGCGCCAUGUGGCAGAAAUUCAGGGUAACGUCAAAAUUUUAACAGCUGAGAGAGACAAAAUUGUCAGACUUUAUGAACAGGCACAAGAAGAGAUUUCUCGACUUCAUCAGGAAGUUAUCAAAUGCCCCAGGACUCCUAAAAGUACUGUGAUAGCUCAAGCUAUGUUAAGACAUGUGGAGAUAGAAAGGGAUACAGCAUUGUCAGAUUUCCAAAGGAUGACUACAGAACGUGAUAGCCUCAGGGAGCAGUUAAAGAUUUCUCAAGAGACUGCAUUUAACGAAAAAGCUCAUUUGGAACAGAGAAUUGAAGAGCUAGAAACUACUAUUCAAAAUUUAGAUAGUGAACUGUUAGAACAGAUGUCCAAAGUGACGCUAAUGAAAGACACCAUUGAUUCUCUGGAAACUGAGAUAAAAAGAUUGGCAAGAAGAGCACUGGACUCUGAAACUGAGCUGAGCCGACAGGAAGCUGAGUAUGUUUCACUUAGUUUAUUGAAUGAAAAGACAGAACAGAGUCUUUCAGAGACUCAGCAAAGUCUUGUUAAGAAAAAAUAUGAAAUGCAACUUACCCAAGAGAAAAUUAAGCUUUUGGAUGAAAAAGUUGAUCACUUUUCAAGACAAAGUCUUGUACAACAAGAGGAGAUCUGUGCUUUGAAAGAAACGAUUGCACAACUUGAUAAAGAGAAGGCAACUUUGCAAGACUAUGUGGAACAAGCAAGAGAGAAGAUUGCUACUUUUGAGGAAAGCCUGGCAAUUAAAGAGAAAGUAAUUUCAGAUUUCAAGAUUCUGAUUUCUGAGUUGGAGCGUUCCACCAAAAAAUCUGCUGAAGCACUCUGUAUCUGUGAGAAAGAUAUCACCAGUUUGCAUGAACAGCUACAAGAAACCAACAAGGAACUUGCACAGACUAACAAGAGCAGAGAAUCUUUAGCUCACGAGAAUGACAGGUUACAAGAGCGUCUUUCUAAUAUUAAGCAAGAAAAUCAGGUACUAUAUAAAAAACUAGAAAAGUACCGGAAUGAACUUGAUGGUAUGAAGUUGAAAGCCCAGUAUUCGAACACAGAUAUUAUCAGGCUGAAGGGUGUACUGAAGUCUAAAGAGAGAGAGAACUCUGAGCUUUUGGAGAAUUACCACAAAGCCCGUGAACAAGGAGAAAGUUGGGAAGCAAAAUGCCAUCAAGCAGAAGCAGAUUGUAGCUCUGUUAGACAGGCACUGAUCAGGGCUGAGUCUGAGAACCACAGGUUGAAAGAGAGAAUGGAAUCCCUUGAAACAGAGAUGGAGCAACAUUUAACAACAGAAGCAGCAUACAAGUCUCAGAUUUCUGCCUUAAGCAAGUCUCUUGUGAAAAUGGAAGGAGAGCUUCAACAAAAAUUGAGAGUCUCUAUACUUGCAAAUCUCACAUCCACACAAGAACUUUGCAUUAAACUAGAUGCAGUCAAAGAAUGAUUAAAUCAGCAGUUAACUUACACAGCAGAGAAGGUAGAAAGGCUGCAGAGAGAGUGUGAGUCAUCCCAUUUUGAAAUAGAGCUGCUGAGAAAACAACUGGGAAAUGAAAGAGCAUCUAUGAAAAACCUGGAAUCUUUGCUUGCGUCCAAUUGUGAGAAAGAAUUUCAGUCACAGAUAGAAAAGCAAGAAAAAGACUCUGAAAUUCAGUUUUUCAAGGCACAACUUUCUUUAGCAGAAAGUAAACUUGCUGUGCAGAGUCAAGAUUUUACUCAGCUCAGAAAUAGAGCAGCUCAGCUAGAGCUGGAACUGGAUAUAACCAAAAGACAGCUGGGGACUGAGCGCUUUGAAAGGGAACAUGCUAUACAGGAGCUUCGACGCCAGAAUCGUACAAUCACGUAUCAGUUAAGCUCUACAUUAAGAAUAUCAUCACCUGAACAUUCCCAUCAUUGA